GGCCCUUCAUCACCCCCUCCACGGUCAUCACUGCCGCCCAGUAGUGCGCCUAUGCCGUCUCUCACAGCUAGCACGAACGGCGUGCCCACACCAUCUCGCGUGAAUGGUCGACAGGCGCGACAGACAAACGGUAGUUCCGCAGCAGGUGGAGGUGCAGAUGCUCUGGCUCUAGAUGACAUCAACCCGGACGCAGGCGCUGAAGUUGAUAUUGAGGGCAUGCAGCGUCGGCAACGACUAAGGACGAGAGGCAUUAUCGAUAACGACGUGCCGAUGGUGAGGGACGCGCUCGGGGAACAGAUCACGGAGAGUUUUGAGACUUUCUUGAAAACAUUUACUGAGGAAGUCGAGCUCGGAGCUCCGACGCCCGCAGCGGAUGAUAUGCAAGACGUGACUGCUGGGGGCACUCUACUCUACAUUGCACAGGUGGAGAUUAUGAGAGACCAUGAGCUUACGACUAUGUAUGUCGACUUCACGCACAUCCUCAAGCAGGACGACGUACUCGCUCAGGCGAUCCAGACGAAGUACUAUCGUUUUAUGCCGUACCUCAAACGCGCCGUACAUAAUCUUGUUGCGCAGUAUGCACCGGAUUACCUCCAAGAGAACCCUAGUGCACGAAGUGAUCAGACUGGCGCACAGACGAAAGACUUUAGUGUCGCGUUUUAUCAUCUACCCUUAGUCUCGGGCAUUAGGGAGUUAAAAACAGAGCGCAUUGGAACGCUGAUGAGCGUGAGUGGGACGGUUACGAGGACUAGCGAAGUUCGUCCAGAACUCUUGUAUGGUAGUUUUGUUUGCGAAGCUUGCCAUGGUAUCGUGCACGAUAUUGAGCAGCAAUUCAAAUACACUGAGCCAAAUCUAUGCCCGAACCCGACUUGUGGAAAUCGUACUGCAUGGCAGCUUCAAAUCGACUCAUCGCGUUUCACAGACUGGCAGAAAGUUCGUAUUCAAGAAAACCCAUCCGAGAUUCCGACUGGCUCAAUGCCUCGCUCGCUCGAUGUCAUUCUGCGCAGUGAGCUCGUCGAGCGUGCAAAGGCUGGAGAUAAAUGCGUCUUUACCGGUACCUUCGUGGUCGUCCCGGACGUGAGUCAAAUGGGUCUGCCUGGAGGUAACAAGGCGGAGAUGGUGCGCGAGGCAAGGAAAGGUGGUGCUGCAGGCGUUGCAGGCGCUGGUGCGGUAGGACAGACUGGGGUUACGGGUUUGAAGAGCCUCGGUGUUAGGGAUUUGUCGUACAAGACGGCGUUCCUUGCGUGCAUGGUGCAUGAUGUAGAUGGACGAACGGGUGCGAACGUACAUGGAGAAUCGGAUGAUAGCGAAACGGAUACCGAAACCUUCCUGCAGACGCUCACCGAUCCUGAACGCGAAGAGCUCGAGGCGAUGGUUCACUCAGAUUAUAUCUACUCUCGUCUCGUCUCGAGCAUCGCACCGACAGUAUACGGACAUGAAGUGGUCAAGAAGGGCCUCCUCUUGCAACUAAUGGGAGGAGUGAAUAAAGUGACGCCAGAAGGGAUGCACUUGCGUGGCGACAUUAAUAUUUGCAUUGUCGGCGACCCUUCCACAUCGAAGUCCCAGUUCCUUAAGUACAUCUGUUCCUUCCUCCCUCGUGCGGUGUACACGUCUGGAAAGGCUUCCUCUGCUGCAGGUCUGACCGCUGCAGUAGUGAAAGACGAAGAGACUGGAGACUUUACAAUAGAAGCUGGCGCUUUGAUGCUUGCAGACAAUGGUAUCUGUGCAAUCGACGAAUUCGACAAAAUGGACAUCUCGGAUCAGGUUGCGAUCCACGAAGCGAUGGAACAACAGACCAUCUCAAUCGCCAAGGCGGGCAUUCAUGCAACGCUUAAUGCACGGACGUCUAUCCUUGCCGCUGCGAAUCCUAUCGGUGGACGAUAUGACCGUAAGAAGACGCUCCGCCAGAACGUUGCGAUGAGUGCACCAAUUAUGAGUCGAUUCGAUCUGUUCUUCGUUGUGCUAGAUGAAUGCGAUGAAAAGAUGGAUCUGAACAUUGCAGAGCAUAUCGUGAACGUCCAUCGAUUCCAAGAUGCAGCAAUUAAUCCUGAGUUCAGUACCGAAGCGUUGCAGCGGUACAUCGGGUACGCCCGGACAUUCAAGCCGAAGUUAACUGCUGAAGCGGCCGAUGUCCUUGUAGACAAGUAUCGUCUACUUCGGCAAGACGAUGCUAGCGGUUUCGGUAGAAACUCAUAUCGAAUCACUGUCCGCCAGCUUGAAAGCUUAAUUCGGUUGAGUGAGGCUAUUGCCCGUGCGAAUUGUACGCAAGAGAUUACGCCUGCCUUUGUGCGAGAGGCGUAUAACCUCUUACGACAGUCCAUUAUACAUGUCGAACUUGAUGACAUCGACUUUGACGAGGAAGAACUGCAGGGUGAGAACGACAGGGCACAAGAUCUUCGUGAGAGCCGAACUGCAGAAGCAACGGACGACGUCGAAAUGGCACCUGCAGAACAUGAGGCGACGGAUAGCUUCAAUGAGGCUGCAGGUCCAUCUUCACCGACACGAGCAGGCGGACGUGUCGGACAGCUCGCUGCUUCUCCGGCUCCGGGUACCACUCCAGCACCAGCCGUGGAGCAAGCGCCUCCACAGCCAAAGCGAAAGAUGAAAAUCACACAUGAUAGGUAUCAGCAACUUCAGAAUCUGGUCGUGUUCCAUCUAUACGAGCACGAGCAACGCAUGGGGCGAGGUGUAGACCGUGAUGAGCUAAUUGAUUGGUAUCUUGAGUCACGCGAAGAGGAUCUCCAGUCCGUCGAGGAACUUGAGUAUGAGAAAGAGCUGUUUAUGAAGGUGUUACGGAAACUUGUCAAGGAUAACUUCCUAUUAACCGUCAAGGGUGAUGUGCAAGAAUCACUGCCUUUACCUACAGAAGAAGGCGAGACAGGGCAAUCGCAGGAUGACGCGAACACACGUGUAUAUUAUAUGCUGCAUCCAUCCGUUGACACUGAGACGGCUGGUUCACUCUCAUAAAGUUCAGAAUUAGCCUCCAUUCAGCUUCUUUACCGUUGAUUCCAGAUGAUUUGUGUUUUCUGCUGCUGUUCCAUGUGUACUAAUAGUACAUU